CUUCCCAUUCAGACGAAAUCGAUCUUUCCCUUCCAGCCGAAACCUUUGCAACUCCUUCACUCAAACCCUAGAAAUCAAAUCUCAUGGCGCCGAAGAAGGACAAGGCUCCUCCACCGUCUUCCAAGCCGGCUAAAUCUGGCGGAGGAAAGCAGAAGAAGAAGAAAUGGAGUAAGGGUAAGCAAAAGGAGAAGGUGAACAACAUGGUUUUGUUUGAUCAGGGAACUUAUGAUAAGCUCCUUUCUGAAGUUCCCAAGUACAAGCUAGUCACUCCGUCUAUCCUUUCUGAUAGAUUGAGGAUCAAUGGAUCACUAGCACGAAGAGCAAUUAAGGAUUUGAUGGCACGAGGUUCGAUCAGAAUGAUAUCGGCUCACCCGAGUCAGCAGAUCUACACCAGAGCAACCAACACCUAAGGACAAUUCAUUUCACUUAUGCCUGAAAGGGUAUAUAAUAGAUAUGUAGUUGCACUUCCAGUUUGCAAUUCCAAAUUUUGCUCAGUGAUUAAAUUAUCUUUUUAGUUUGUUAUAAUGGUGGUAUGAACUCUAAAUGUGACAUCGUUUUUAAUUGGUUAAUGUGCUUGAAUUUGUUUGCGUUGCCAGUCUUAA